AUUAAAUGUAAUUUAUAUACCAUCUAAAAUUGUAUGAGUCAAUUGAUCGAUAGAAUAUGUUGAUUAAUUACCAAAAAAUAGAAUUAUUUGAUUCAAAUCCAAUCGAUUCACAGGUUCUUCAAACAAAAUCCCCUGGCUUGAGUUGAAUUUUCACUUGACGUGAUCACCAUCUGGAUAUAUUUGGAAAUUUUCUUCCCAUAUACUCCGUAUUUCAAGGAUCCUUUGGAAAAUUGGAAUUUGAGAUUUUAUCUUAAAGUUGCUGUUUCGUAAAUCCCUGCUCAAAGUCUAGUUCGAAAUUUGCUUUUUUUUUUGCAAUAGCAUUUCUCUAGCACUAAUUUAUGAUCUCUGGAUUUUGUCCGUCUAUUAUUCGAUGUGAUCUGAUGCUGCGACUGAUUUAUUGGGUUUUAUUGAUUUCUGGGCAUGCCCGAGAGUUUGAUAUUCCACAAAUUGGAUUUGAUCUAUGAGGACAAACUUUUCAUUUGGGUCUGGUAGCCCCAAAUCAUUCCAAGCGUACCCUAGGGGCGAUUUUGACCUAGAAUCUGGAAUUCCAAAAAGAAGCAGAAAACCCAAAAGCUCGCCAUUUCAUCCCAUCAAAAUGAUCAAGUCAUUAGGUGAUCAGAUAAAUUACUACUAUAAGGUUCGCCCACUUUUGCUGUUCUUUAUCUCCUUCUGUCUUGCGGUUACUAUUAUUUUCAUAUUGUCUUCCUACGAGACCCGGUUUCGGGUUAUGGGUAACUUAAAGAAACCCAAUAAGGGUGUAGAAAUGUAUCCGUUUUCCGAGUUCAAGAAUCUGGUAAUGGUUGCCGGGCACUCGGUUUACACUAGCAGUAGUUGUGAGAGUGUUGAGAAGGAGAACGCUUGGUUCUUGGAGUCAUAUCAGAAGCAUCCUGGCCAAGCUGAAACCUUUGUAGCGCAUAUACAGAAGGGAGUUGAAAUUACAGCAACUGAUGACGUGGCUUUGCUUCUGUUCAGCGGUGGAGAGACAAGGAAAGAGGCGGGGCCCAGAAGCGAGGCACAAAGCUAUUGGAUUGUUGCUGAGUCUAAAGGAUGGUUUGAAAAUCAAGAAAUUGUGAGGAGGAGGGCACUCACUGAAGAGCAUGCUAGAGACAGUUUUGAGAACCUUCUUUUUAGUGUUUGCAGGUUCAGGGAACUCACUGGUUCAUAUCCACAUAAUAUAACAGUUGUGGGUUACGACUUUAAGGCUGAGAGGUUUGUUCAACUGCACCGCACAGCCAUAAGAUUCCCAGAAAGUAGAUUCAUUUACUCAGGAACCCCAUCAUCGCCAAGUUCAAGGGAUGCAGCUUUGAAAAGUGAGGCCUUUGUGAGGACGCAGUUCCAAGAUGAUCCUUACGGAUGUAAAGGCUCACUCUUCCGGAAGAAGUUAGGACGUGAUCCCUUUCAUCGUUCAAUCCCUUAUCCCAAUGGGUGUCCUGAAAUUGAAGGGUUGUUCCGAUACUGUGGUAGGGCUCCAUACCCAGGCUCAUUGCCUUGGGGCUAAGUAGAUAUGUGAAGUUUUACAAGAGUAAGGGUUUUCGGCUUAUGAGUUAUAUUUAUAUGCUAAUGUAUCUUUUCUUAGGACGCCCUUCUUUUUUCUUUCAAAGAUGUAUGUUUGGUUAUUAUAUUUUUGGCUUGUUAACUUAAUAUAUAAGCAACUUAAAACUCACCAUUCUAUCUUAUUCUUUACCAUUUACCUAAAGAAGACUCAAAAUGAG